CCUGCUGUACGCUGUUCCGGUGCAGCACGCUCCUCCUGCGCAUCCCGUUGAAAUUUAGAUACCUCGAAUGUACCUUACAUGUUGUCCCAGAGCAUCCGAUUCCACCUCAAUGACAAUGGUCACUUGCCACUUAGCCAUUUUUUUCUCAACUCCUCUGCUCCAGCCGUCAAGAUAUCAUGGCCCCUCGUAUGGGUACCCGCGCUGCUCAACCCGGCACGUCAUCUGGGCUGGGUACCCACUUUUCCAGCCCACGGAAACUUAGAGACAAGCGGAAAACCCAGGUGCUUGUUGAAGUGCCAGGUCAGAAGGCUAAACAUAACCAGUUGCUUGCCAAGAUGGCAAGUCUACUCGCCGGUUCAGCAACUCGGAAGCCUGAAGAAACUUCACCUGUCCUGCCAGAGACGGAAACGGAUGCUGUGGUUCUCAAGGAUGAUGCUAACGAGGCUUGGGAAGAUGUCCCUGAACCUCAUGACAACUGCUCUCCCCAAUCUCCUUCACAAUCCACACCGAGUCGUCGUACCCAGCCUGAUCUUACAUCUACUCGCUUAUACGACAGCUGGAAAGCACUUAUUCCUACUCUAGUCGACAUCCAACUAGACUACACUGCACGGACAUUAGGCGCGCCUCUCGAACGAACGCCAAAGGUUCUGUCUUUGUGCAGCUCGCACACAUGUGCACAAAAACGCACAUCUCUUACCUGUCUCUUUUUCGACUACUUCAUCUCCAUUGACGCAAUGAGCUGUAGAUGCGCAAACUUAGCACAAACACUCGUUUCCCAUGGCUUAUUCCCUACUGCACCCUCCAGCCCCGAAUGGCUAUAUAUCCGUCGAGCUGCUCGCCUUCUAUCGCUCUCUUUUUCAGCGCUCAUGUGACGCUGUCAAUGCACUUGCGUCUGCACUUCACACGCACUACGUCCGACGAGGGUAUCGAAUAACAA